AUGGCAUUAUCGGCUAGCAGCCGAGAACACUGGCUGGAUGGUCUCCGUGGCAUUGCGGCUGCCAUUGUGGCUUGGUUUCAUUUCACGGUGGGCGAGAUGGAACCCCCUUAUCGGUCAUUCUGGACCAUCCCUGCAGAGGACAAUCGACGCUGGUUCCAGCUGCCGCCAUUCCGUUUGCUUUUCGCAGGCCAGGCUAUGGUUCUUUUAUUUUUCGUCAUCUCCGGAUAUGCCGUGUCAAUUUCCAUAAUCCGACUACGGGAGGAAUCUCAAGCGCAGUUCUAUCGGAAACUGACCUCAUCCGUCCUGCGCCGCGGGUUCCGACUCUACAUCCCGGUUCUAUUCUUGUGCCUGGUCUCUCAUGCGGCUCUUUACACUGGGCUCAUUGACUGGACCCCUGGGAAUCCGAAGGAGGGAUGCCCGGGAGCGGAGCCCUGGUCAGCGCUGGGGCCCCAUGUCAGUUGCCUGACCAUGACGUUUCUCACUACUCUUGAUCUCACUGGACCAUUUUACGUGACGGGGUACAACUUUCAUCUGUGGACGAUCUCGUAUGAAUUUCGCUGCUCACUGGGGAUCUACCUGGUAAUUCUUGGCCUCGCAUCCGUCAAGGCCAAGGUACGGCUGGUUGCAGUGGCCUGUCUGGGCGCUGUUUUUAUGUGGUUCGGCUCACCCAUUCUCUCGGCCUUCCUGGCAGGACUCAUUUUUGCCGAGGUGGAUGUUGCACAGCAGGAUGACUUGUCUCCACCCACAGUGGGCAAAAGGUAUCGCGGACUUGCAAAAUGCACCAGCCUACUUCCAGGGCUGCUCUUUGGAAUAGGCAUCUUUCUACUCUGUCUCCCGCAAGACUCGAGUUUCCCUGCGGACUUCUGGUUCCAAUCACAACUUGCACUGCCCUUCUAUGUAGAUCCUGAGAUCCGCAUCCGGGGUUGGCACGCCAUGGGGGCUAUUCUUGUCGUUGGAACUCUUAGACAUCUUCCAUUGGUGCGCGCCCCGCUUGAGUCCAAUGUCGCGCAAUUCCUGGGGACUAUAUCGUUCUCGAUCUACCUGCUGCAUCCGUUAUUCAUCAUGGUAAUACGGAACCGUAUCCUAGAGGGGGUUUGUCGGCACCUAUGGGGAACGGAUUUCUGGCAGACGCGACAGGAUGAGUCUGCCUGGCACGUCCUGUUUCUGGCAUGGGUAGUCGCAGGGGCUAUCAUGGGCCCGUUGCUAGUCUGGGCAUCGAGCUAUAUGGCGAGGUCUGUCGAUCGGAGGUCAGUUGCGUGGUCGUAUCAGGUGGAGAAGAUUCUUUGUGGGCGGUAG